AUGGAAUAUUUAACAAUUCAAAGCUUCUUCGGAAGAUCAUUGAGAAGUGGUGGAAUGUUUUUGGGAAGAGUCGGCGUCGGUUUUACAAUUAUGUUCAACGCCUUUGUAACCACUCAUAUGUGUCAAAAAUUGUUUGGAGAUUGCGAUUUCCUGAAGAAUUGGUUUCAUGAGAAGAAUUUCACUACUUCAUCUACACUUUGUUGGUGUUUUCUACAACAAACACAAAGUUGGAGGUGCGCCUCCAGUGCUUCUGCCUUUCUCAGUCAAAAUUAUCAAAAGACUGUAGACACGAAAGAAUGA